UCGAAUUAUACACUGAAUUAAUUCUCUGAAUGGAAAAAAACACCCUGUGGAUCGGACCAGAUGGAUCGGAGAGCAGCGGGCCACUCAGCUCUUCCUGGAGGCUGAGAAGGGACCAGAGUCCUUCUUCUCCUGCUCGGUCAGGAGACAGUUCCAAUGUGCUGGCAUCUGAACUGGUCCAGUUACGUAUGCAGCUGGAGGAGAAACGACAAGCCAUCGAGCAUCAUAAGAAAAAGAUGGAAGUCCUGUCAGCCAGGCAGAGGCAGAUGCUGGGAAAGGCAGCUUUUCUGCACAUUGUAAAGAAAGGUGGAGGCAGGAGUGAUACACUACCCAACCCAAUUAAAGCUGACCCCCCUAAAGAAAAGCUGAACGGAGAAAAACUUAGCAAAGAUGAUAUAUGUGUUGAUGCCAUAAAGGCGGACAAAGAAGUGGUGGUGGAGUCCGCACUGUCUGCCUUAGAAGCAGAGAAAAAAGGAAACGGUGGUAGUUUUUAUUUGGAGGAGGAGUUGCUACUGAACAACGCCAUCAGCAGCAUUCAGCAGCAGAUGAUGCAGCUGUCGCUGCAGCAGGAUUUGUUGAUUAAACAGAAUGUUCAGUCUCCGUCCGGGGCAACAACAUCUCCUCGCACUGGUGACAAGAAUUGUGACUCAAAGUCAGGCGGGAGCUUUCAUUAUGUAGAGCACUUGAGUGGCACUGACACAGCCCCGAUCAAGAAACCCCCCAAGCUGACCUCAGGCCGAAGCACCAGGUCCAAACCAUCAGAGUUGAAAAUAGCUAAAGGACAAAGCCGACACGCUUCCAGGAUACUAACCCCCAACCAGAGCGGACCUGAGUCUGCGCUACAUCAGAGGCAUUUAGCUGGGGGCAGGUCCCCCAGAUUUGAGCAGCCAGAGAGCCCCAGGAACCCCACCAUAGAAAACGCUGUCGGUAAACCAGGCUCAGGCCACUAUCGGAGCGCUACCUUCCGCCUUCAGAAUGAAGCUAACGUGCGUCUGCCGACCAGAGUGGACCUGGCGCCGUUGGUGACCCCCGAAGUUUCAUUCGACGACUGCCUGUCGAGCACCAUGAAAGAGUCGGUCCCCAAUUCUUACAACGUUUCAGGGAAAGAAAAUAAUCCCUCAGAGGAGGCCCAGCGCAGCAAAGCCCACCUGAUCGAGGUCGAUCUUUCCGACCUAAAGGCUCCUGAGGACGAGGGCAUGACUGAGUACGCAGCAACAGAGGGAGGUGACGGAGAGCAGAAGUCAGUCCUGGGCUUUUUCAUCAAGGAUGAGCAAAAGGCCGAAGACGAGCUGGUGAAGAAGAGAGCAGCGUUCCUGCAGAAGCAGCAGAAGAAAGCCGAAGAGGCUCGGCUCCGUAAACAACAACUAAAAGCAGAAUCUGAGCUGAAACGAGAUGAAGCACGACGGAAGGCUGAGGAGGAGCGGCAGCGGAAAGAGGACGAAAAGACACGGAGGGAGCUGAUAAAGCAGGAGUACCUGCGGAGGAAGCAGCAGGGCCUACAAGGAGGACUUCAGUUUUAUCACUGUUGA